GUUACUUCUAUUUCACUGAGAAUUCCUUAACAAAGUCAGUAAUUAAAUACUUUCCCCAUUCUUUUAAUCUAAUGAUCUCUUUAUGUAGAUUUGUGUAACUUUCUUUUUAGAGUGUAUAAUUUGGUAAUGAAACUAUUAUUUUACUAUGCCUUGAGUGUGUCCAAAUGAAGGGUUGUUGUUUAACAUAUGUGGGGGGUUCUUAUCAGUAUCAUUAGCCAAAACGUUUAUUGAUUGUGGCUCUUUCGUUUGAUAAACAGGUGUCUAUGGCUUCAAACAGUCUGUUCAGCAGCACCAGCCCGAUGCUAUACUGGGAUCCUAUAGUGAAGCAGCGACAGCCAACACGAUCACCCAGCAACCAUCAGCUGGAUGACCAGGAGGUGAUGCCCUUCCACCAACGCAGCACAGGGCCUCCCAGAGGCUUGGUGCAGACUGACAGCCCAAAUUUCCUCUGCAGCAGCCUGCCAACACACUGGAGGUGUAACAAGACCCUGCCAAGAGCUUUUACUGUGGUUGCCCUGGACGGUGAUGUGCCAGACGGUGUGGUUGUGACAGUGAUGGCUGGCAACGACGACAACAGCAGCGCAGAGCUACGCAAUGCCACAACCACCAUCAAGCAAGGCUACGCCCACUUCAAUGACCUUCGCUUCAUAGGUCGCAGUGGGAGAGGCAAGAGUUUCACCCUGUCUAUAAAUGUGCUGACAUCGCCCCCUCAGGUCGCCACCCUACACAGAGCCAUCAAGGUCACUGUAGAUGGACCGAGGCUGCCGAGACGACAAAGGCAUAAGGAUGUAAAUUUGGGAGUGUUCAGGCCUCCAGGCAGCAUCAGCUGCAGCACUGCAUCAUCAGACGGUCGAUCUUUUUCCUCCUCUCUGUGGACCAAUGAGCCGUCGUUUCGGGGCCAGGUGGCCCCUCUCAGUUCAUCCUUCACCCCAAGUCCCAGAAUGCACCACCUACCUGCCCUGUCCUACUCCACCCAGCCUCCUCCAUACAGCUCCUACCUGUCCUCCCCUCCCCCUCCGCUGAGCCACAGUGGUCCGUUCCAGCCGGGCAGCCUCUACUACGGCCCCAGCCAACCGGUCCAAACCACCGGGGAGGACCGCAGCAUCAUCACAACGCUGAAUUAUAUUGAAGGGACGUGUCUUUCUAUUAGAGGGGAGGAACCUGUCUGGAGACCUUACUGAGAACUAUACCUUAAAAUAGAACAUUUUACUACAUUGGGUCAAUUGGAUUCCUGUGAAAAGUAAAAAUUGCCUUCUUACAUUAUGAUACAGCUGUUGAAAUUCACUGUAUCUCACCUUCCAGCAAUUCUUUUAGAUUCAAUUCAGUUUUGAAAGUAGUGUCUGUUUCAAUACAUUCUAUGUAGUGACACCAGGGAGCAUAUUGUUUUGCAUCUACUUUUACUCAUUGU